GCAGAAGGUGGAUAGGAAGGUACCCGCCUUCCUUGUCUCGGUUUCCGCCGUGGCCUCAGGCGUAGCCAUCGCCAAUUGACAACUGACAAGUGAUUAGAGACAGAGAGACAGGCAUAGUGCAAGGCAAAUGUUUCGUCCUGGCUUGUGGCGAUACGCAUAUGGUACACGCGGACAGAGCAGGGCGGCGUGGUGGCCUUUGUUGGAUCUUGGGCUUCUUUUAGGCCCUAGCCCAGCCCAGGCACUGGUCGCACCCCCCCCCUAUAUGCUAUAUGGGUUCCUGUGGAAAUCCCUGAAGCCGAACCCGGCACAGUUGUCGGCUUCGACGCAGCCCGAUGAAGAUGAUGCGGGGAUGCCAGCCCGGUCCGGUCUCAAGCCGCAUGCAUUCAUAGCACUGCAAAUCGGUCCACGUACUCGGCCUCUCGCUCCUCUCAGCUCCGAGAGUAUCCGUAAUGUGCUGCACAUGCCCGGUCCGUCCUUUUGAUACCUUCCAUUUCACCUAUGCGGUCUGACUCGCAGCCCGAACAACAACAGCUUUCUUGACAACGCAUUGC